UAAAAACACCUAAAUUCACUGACCGCAGCUCUCAUCCAAAAGUCAUAUCCUGCACAAACUCAAACUCUGACUCUCUCUCUGCUCCCUCCCUCCAUUUCCAACUCCUUCCUUCAAUUUCAAUUCUUCUCUCUUUACUUGUCGAAAUUAGAUUUUCGGCUUUACAUUUAUAUAGUGAAUAAUACUGAACAACCAGUUUUUAGCUGAUUGAUAGUAAUAUACAGCAACGGCCAUGGACACCGGCGGCGAGAUUCGGAUCCACCAAACCCGAAGGCUUCCAGAUUUCUUACAGAGCGUGAAUCUCAAGUACGUGAAACUAGGCUAUCAUUAUCUAAUCUCCAAUCUGUUAACCUUAUGUUUCAUUCCUUUAAUUGUAGUAACCUCAAUCGAGGCUUCUCAAAUGAAUCUCGACGAUCUCCGCCACUUAUGGCUCCACCUUCAGUACAAUCUUGUGAGCAUCAUUAUCUGCUCUGCUUUUCUCGUUUUUGGUUUGACCGUUUACAUUAUGACCCGCCCUAGACCCGUUUAUUUGGUCGAUUAUGCUUGUUAUCGUGCUCCCGAUCAUCUCAAGGCUCCAUUUGACCAAUUCAUGGAACACUCCAGACUCACUGGAGACUUUGACGAGUCUUCGCUUGAGUUCCAGCGUAAGAUUUUGGAGCGUUCAGGGCUUGGAGAGGAGACUUAUGUUCCAGAAGCUAUGCAUUAUAUUCCUCCUCGCCCGUCCAUGGCCGCGGCCAGGGAGGAGGCCGAGCAGGUCAUGUUUGGUGCGUUGGAUAAUUUAUUUGCCAACACGAAUGUGAAUCCUAAGAAUAUUGGCAUUCUUGUUGUUAAUUGCAGUUUGUUUAACCCCACACCGUCACUUUCGGCUAUGAUUGUGAAUAAGUAUAAAUUGAGGGGCAACAUUAGGAGUUUCAAUUUAGGAGGUAUGGGCUGUAGUGCUGGAGUUAUUGCUGUGGAUCUUGCUAAGGAUUUGUUGCAAGUUCAUAGAAAUACUUAUGCAGUUGUUGUCAGCACUGAAAAUAUUACCCAAAAUUGGUAUUUCGGAAAUAAGAAGUCUAUGCUGAUACCCAAUUGCUUGUUUCGAGUCGGUGGCUCUGCAGUUUUGCUUUCAAAUAAAUCUGGUGACAAAAACAGGUCCAAGUAUAAGCUUGUCCAUGUUGUCAGGACACACCGCGGUGCGGAUGACAGGGCGUUUCGAUGCGUGUAUCAAGAACAAGAUGGUGCAGGGAAGACUGGUGUUUCAUUAUCAAAAGAUUUGAUGGCAAUUGCUGGUGAGGCUUUAAAAGCUAACAUUACUACCUUAGGUCCUUUGGUUCUUCCAAUUAGCGAGCAGCUUUUGUUCUUUGCAACUUUGGUUGUAAAGAAAUUGUUCAAUAAAAAAGUGAAGCCUUAUAUCCCAGAUUUCAAAUUGGCAUUUGAUCAUUUUUGUAUACAUGCUGGAGGAAGAGCUGUGAUUGAUGAGCUAGAGAAGAAUUUGCAGCUUCUACCUGUACAUGUGGAGGCAUCCAGAAUGACUCUUCACCGUUUUGGUAACACUUCAUCCAGUUCAAUUUGGUAUGAAUUGGCCUAUGUUGAGGCUAAAAGAAGGAUGCGUAAGGGCAACCGUGUGUGGCAGAUUGCUUUUGGAAGUGGCUUCAAGUGUAACAGCGCAGUAUGGGAAGCACUCAGGAAUGUGAAGCCGUCUGCUAAUGGUCCUUGGGAAGAUUGUAUAGAUAAGUAUCCUGUGACAUUAGUUGCCUAAUACAAGAUAAAAAUUUGCACUUUAAAUCAUUUUCCAAUUCCCUUCGGGGUAUUUUUCAUCAUGGAUUAAGAAUCUAACAGUUACUAUAUACCUUCCCCUUGUAGCCUUUGAUUUGUACUUUCAUGGGUCUUUUUUAUUUGCUUAUGUUAUGAAAGUGAAGAUGUGAUUUUCCUGUACUUCCUGUUUGUUGUAUUUCUUGUAAUCCAAAAUUACUGGCUUCAAAUGCUUGUGUGUUACAGUUCUAUAUGGAAAUUUCUCUUCAACUGCUGUUCA